GCUGUUGUAGGCCUAUCAGCUUGUCUUAUUUCUGUGAUUCACAGUAGGAAGUGUCACUGACAGUUUAUUUCUUUAAUUGCAAAUAUGGGGGAGAAGCGAUACUUAACUAAUUUAAAACUCGAUCAGUAAAUUGAACCGAGGUUAAAUAAUGUUGCCCGGUGUGUUUUAUGCGUUGGUGGCGGGGUUUCUCGGAGCUUUAGCCUCAUCUUCUGCAAAGUUAUCCCUGGGUGCUGAUUAUCUGAAAGAGGUGUGUGAAACAGCAGCGCUGAAGAUCUGGGCGAGACAGCAGAACACUCUGGAUCAUAGGGUGGAUACCACAACUUGUGACUGGUUACAUAUACCCCUGCGGCUGCUCUGUGGUGGUCUACUGUUUACCUGUAAUGCUGUGAUGUGGAUGUUCUUCGCUAAAGCCCUCCGACACUCGCCCUCCUCUGCCCGAGCCACUGUGACCACUACUGCCUCAAACUUUAUCUCCUCUGCAUUCCUUGGAUAUGCGAUCUUUGGGGAAACACAUGUCACAAUGUGGUGGAUUGGUAUCAUUUUGACCCUGACAGGGCUUCUUGUCUUGCAUGGAUCAACUCCUCAGGCACUAAAGGAAAAUGUGGCUAAGAAAGAUUAAUAACAGAACAAAUAUUGAACAAUGCAACAAUGUCUUGCCUGUGAUCAAGGCAAAAAAGUGUGAAAAAAGGACUUCAAAUGGAUUUAUUCAUUUGAAAAUAAUUAUGCAGAACUCCAUGAUGAAAUGAUCUAUGCUAAAUAUUAAUUUAUUUAUUUUCGUUCUGGGAUUGCUUUUAAAUAGUGUCAUGAUUAGGUAAAUAAUGAUGUAACACAAAUUUUAAUGCAAAGCCUAGAAUUAUGACUCACUUUGUGCCUACAGUCUUGCAAGUUCACUUUACAGCAUGCACAGCCAAAAUACAGUUAAUUCAGGUGCUCUACUAGAAUGAAAAAUCACAAAAACAUCAGUAUUCUUUUGCUUGCAAAAUAUUUUAAAAAAUGUUGUCUCCCCACGCAUGUCAAUUUUCAUAUGUGGUGAGACAAGUAUUUAUUUAAUUUUUUGUGAGCAAUAGUCAUGCAAGGUACUGGCUCUUUACCCUGCCUUGAUCAUAUAGAUUUAUUCCACUUCAGUUACUUUAUACUUCAGCAAUUAAAGGGUAAGUUCACCCAAAAAUGAAAAUUCUCUCAUACUCUCCCUCAUGCCAUCCCAGAUGAGCAUGAUUUACUUUGUCCUAGAAAGCACAAAAAAAGAUUUUUAAAAGAAUGCUCUGUAGGUCCAUAUAAUGCAAAUUAAUGGUGACCUGUAGAGUUGGGGUACUCAAGUUCGUACUCUGAAUCAAGUCCGAGUCACAAGUCCCAUUUUAAUGGACUUGACUAGACUCAGUCUCGAGCCUUUUAGACUUGGGAUUUUUUUUUCAGAGUCCGACUGAGUCCAUGGCAUUUGUGAUGCAAUGAAAACAAAUAACGUAACAUAGGGUGGCCAUAUGUCGUCCUCCCCCUUUUUUUUUUUUUUUUCCCUCUCUCCCCCUCAGACCUGAAAAAAAGCAUCUGGCUGGGAUUUAAAAAUUGUCUCUAAAUGUCAAGGAUUUGCCUUUGACUUUAUAUUGAUGUGCUCUCUACAUUUAGUACUAUCAUACAAUCUGUGUAUUUGAUACUGCGCAUCUGUUUUCACAUGUAUGUCCUUACAUGUGAUUAUUCUGGCUGAGAGCAGCGCUCACUCUUUCAAUGUACUUUUUUUUUUUUUUUUUUUUUUUAACUCUCUCGCCCGUGCUGUAUGCGUGUGCGGAAAAGAGAUUGCCAUUCGCCAGACAUGCUCUGCUGCUCUCAUUCAGAAACAUCAAUAAUGUAAGUCCACUUUAAAAAGUACGUUCCUGCAAAUUAUUAAAUGGAGCACAUGUUUUUAUCAGACUCCUGCUUACUACACAAUGUCAUUUCUAACUGAAAAUAUUAGUUAUAACAAAUUUACUUUGUUUUAGGGACAUUUAAGCUAAUUUGACAGAUGAAAUAGACCAUGAGGGAAAUUGUACAACUCAGUCCGUCACAUACUUGUCACGCAACCUCUGUGUGUUGCCUGUAAAGCUGGCACUUGCAUUUCAAUGGCAAAAAAAGUCAGAAAAUACUAUAGUGUUCACACGUGAGGGGAGAAGACUCUAUUCACCUAUUAUCCAUACUAAAUCUAAUGUGAAAAGAACAAAACGUCUGUUGAGUUUGUCAAAAAUGUUAUCUUUACUUUAGGGAAGUAGGCUACACCUGGACACUGCAGGAGGACUGAAUAGUGUGAAGUGUCCUGCUGUAGUAUAUAAAUAUUUUUUGUAAUUGGAUCUGAUCUUUUCUGUUUUUAUUUUGUGUUGUAUUUAAUUUUAUGGGCAUUAUUCAAUGUUUUUAUAUUACCAUUUAUUAGAUGGAAUUUAACCAAUUAAAUGUAUGUAAUUAAUUACAUUUAAAUGUAUUUCACCCAUAAUUUGAGAUAAAACUAAAUUGAAGUAGAAAUAAAAACUAAAAUAAAAUUGAGUUUAUGGUUUCAAUUCCGAUUCUUGAGCAGAUUCAUUUGGAGGGUUAGGGUUAGUUAUGGACUGUGUCUUGAGUCUGACUCCAUCCCUUUUUGACUUGGA